AUGGAGCGCAUUGGACAGUGUAAGGAUGAGCAAAAAUCUAAAGUGGAAAGAGGGAGCCUGAUUGCGCCGGCUCGACUGGGCUCGGCUCGGUUCGGUUCGGCUGGGCUCGAUCGGGCUCGGCUCGGCGCCGUCCGACCCAGCUCGGCUCAGCUCGGCUCGACGGAGCCGUCCUCGCUCCUGAUUGGCUCUCUCACCGCGCGCUCCCUCUCUGAUUGGUGGGGAGCCCUGCCGCCGGGUAGCCGGGUCCCUGUCCCCGCGGGCGGCAUCGCCUCAUCCCGACAGGCUGAGGGUGAUGGAGAUUCUCCUCAGCACCAGCAGAGUGGCGCAGCCCAUAAUUUUAAUUGCAGCAGACAUUUUGGGAAGGAAAAUAUUGCCAAAGAUUGGCUAACACAGAAGGAAGGGCUUCUGUUGCGUGAAGCACCUGAUCAAAGCCGAAACAUUAUUGCUUCUGUUCAGUGCAUCUUGGACAGAGAAAAUUUUGUGAGGGAGCUGGGAAGAUAUUUGAGGCACAGUGACUUCCUUAAUCUGAGAAAGAAAGAGCUUUUGUACAAAAAAUAUAUUGAGGAUGUUUCAGAGCCAUUUAUGCAGAAAAUGAAGGACCGAAUGGACAGCCAGUCACAGGAAGAAAUGCAGAAAAGGAGACGAGAACAAUUAUCUCAGUAUUUAAACUACUGUACAAAGAAGGGCUAUGUGUUUUUGGAUGAUUAUGACCCAUCAGAGUACGACCCAUUCUUCCAGAAGACGUGCACAGACUGGAAGGAUGGAAGUCGUUAAUCAGCAUAAUGGCAGAGAGAGCCAAUGAUGUCACCUGUCCUCCAGCUGACCACAGUAGCAAGCACUGCCAU